AAUUACUUAGUUUCCAUAUAAAAUCAUAAUUUUCGUAUAAAACGGGUCAAUCAACCAAAAAGCCGAAGAGAUGAAGACGUUUUUGUUUGCAGCUUUCGUUGCAAUCAGCUUAGUACUCGUUCAAGCUGCACCCACAUCAAACAACGAUGCCAAGGUAGCCAAAAAGCGUAGCAUUGGUGCUUACGAAUUUGGCUCAGCCAAUUCUCUUAAUGGAGAUUUUUCUACCAACCAAGGAGCUUUGAGUGGAAACUUGGCAUUGUAUUCUUCUGGAGCUGGAGGUUCUAACGAAUAUAUAGGUAAUUAUGGAAGUGGAUAUAAUACAAAUGCAUACGGAAGUGGAUAUAGCACAAAUGGAUAUGGAAGCGGCUAUUCUGGAUACACUUCUGGAAAUGUUCAAACUCACACUCACACGCAUGAAUUGAGGACAGUUACUCAACAUGUUCCCGUUCCUGUGCCUCAACCAUACCCAGUAACUGUUGAAAAACAAGUGCCCGUACCACAACCUUACCCUGUUGAAGUACCCAAGCCAUAUGCGGUUCCAGUACAUAUCCAAGUACCUGUGGAAGUGCCAAAACCCUAUGAAGUGAAAGUACCGCACCCGGUUUAUGUGCCGUAUGAAGUCAAAGUACCUGUUGAGGUUCCCAAACCGUACCCUGUCACAGUGACCAAAACCGUUUCUGUUCCAGUGGAAAAACCCGUAUACGUAAAGGUUCCUACUCCCGUACAUGUAGCAGUACCACAACCGUACCCAGUUGAAGUCAAAACUCCGGUAUACGUUUCCAAGACAUACUCAACAAACACAUACCUUCCAAGCAGCUCAGGACUUUACAAUAGUGGUUCAUCAUAUGGUCAGAGUUCGGGCUAUGGAAAUAAUUACGCCAACUCAUAUGGAUCGGGAUAUUCAAAUUCUGGAUCGUAUGCCAGUUUAUCUCCAUAUUCAUCCGGAUAUGGAAGCGGAGCGUCAACUACAGGUCUUUUGAACUCUUACGUCCCAAGCCGCUCCGGAGGAUAUUCAUCGUCUCACUCAUCCGCUUGGUAGAUUUAGAAAAUUUUGAAAAUUUUAGAAGGUUAAUAUUGUAAAGUAAAUAAAUUUAAAUUUUCUAA